AUGGAGGCAGAUGCUAAGAAGACAAAGGAGUGUGGUGGCGCGUGUCUCUACGGAGGGGAGUGUUUUGGCGUGUGUCUCUACAGAAAGGAGUGUGGUGGCGCGUGUCUCUACGGAGGGGAGUGUUGUGGCGGGUGUCUCUACAGAAAGGAGUGUGGUGGCGCGUGUCUCUACGGAGGGGAGUGUUGUGGCGGGUGUCUCUACAGAAAGGAGUGUGGUGGCGCGUGUCUCUACGGAGGGGAGUGUUGUGGCGGGUGUCUCUACAGAGGGGAGUGUUGUGGCGGGUGUCUCUACAGAAAGGAGUGUGGUGGCGCGUGUCUCUACGGAGGGGAGUGUUGUGGCGGGUGUCUCUACAGAGGGGAGUGUUGUGGCGGCUGUCUCUACAGAAAGGAGUGUGGUGGCGCGUGUCUCUACGGAGGGGAGUGUUGUGGCGGGUGUCUCUACAGAAAGGAGUGUGGUGGCGCGUGUCUCUACGGAGGGGAGUGUUGUGGCGGGUGUCUCUACAGAGGGGAGUGUUGUGGCGGGUGUCUCUACAGAAAGGAGUGUGGUGGCGCGUGUCUCUACGGAGGGGAGUGUUGUGGCGGGUGUCUCUACAGAAAGGAGUGUGGUGGCGCGUGUCUCUACGGAGGGGAGUGUUGUGGCGGGUGUCUCUACAGAAAGGAGUGUGGUGGCGCGUGUCUCUACGGAGGGGAGUGUUGUGACAAGUGUUCAGAGGGCUUCUUUCACUCCUGGCGAAGGCAGUGUGACCCUUGCUCCGGCGCUGACCGCUGCCUCCACUGCAGCCCCACUACCUCAGAGACGGACUGUGUACUCCGCUGGAGUGAGGUGGAGAACCCAGAGUAUGAGGAUUACCUGCCCCGUGAAGAGAGCUGUAAGAAAUGUUUGCAGAGAUGA